CUUGUCUCCACGUUGCACGGCCAUUCAUUCUGGAAGGCCUCAUCGCCCCUUCAACAGCUGAGAGGACCAUGAGAGGACCAGGACACGCAGCCCACAGAGCAGCGCAGAGAUAUGUACAUGAAGAAAAGCCGUGCCCGCAACCACAUAAAACGAAUGCGGUUGUCAGUCCAUCAGACGUCAGCCACACUUGGUAGACAUACCACCUUCUUUGCUAGGUAAGGACGCAACCGCACGCGAGAAAGCUGUCAUCCCCUCAGCUAGCAAAAAGACACACACACGGCUGCAGACGAGCUGAGCCGCUGGUCCUGACGCAAGUCAUCCGUCUCUGAUCGACACGACGGACAGGCUACUGUACACCCAUCAUAUCAUCCAUCGCACAUACGUACAAAAACAACCACCCCUCCCUCCCUCCCUCCCUACUACCCAGGCAGCCAGUGGCCACACGACAGUCUAGCUGUCACUCACAACCAACAGAGUGAUGACCCUCUUCAUCCACUGGGAUGGGAAGGCGUCGAUUCGGUCCAGGAAGAAGUCGAGGAAAUCCCGCGCGACCCCCGUAUAGGGAGCCCCCAGCAGCCGUCUGCGCUUGCCGGCGUCUCUCAGCGCCCGGAUGAUGUUGUUCUCGCACUGCGGCGGCACAGCCACGUGUGGGGACAGCUUCAGCAGCUCUGUCAGGAUCAGCAGCUGCAACGAGAAGGACGAGACGGAGCGAAAGACGCAAGAAGCAUAUGCACGGAGCUGAUUUCUCUCUCCUGUCCUAUGCUUACAUUGUCAUAGUGUUCGCAUUGGUCUGGUCGCGGGGACGUGUAGGGCCAGGACAGCACGAAUGCCUGCAUCCGUGACCUCAGUACCUCCAUCUUAACACACACACACACACACACGCACACAGAGGGGAGAGGCACAGAGGUCAGUGAUGAGAGCAGAUCGUCGCUUAUUCUCGUGAGCUACCUGGUAGUGGUCGGCAAGCUGGAGGAUCUCCACCACCAUCGAGGAAGGCAGCUUGCGCAGCUCACUCGGCGACAAGAUGGUCUCCAACCAAUCCUGAUACGGCGAGACCAAACCAAACACGCCAUACGAACACUCCACAUGAGCUCUUCCCUUUGUUGUUUGCGUCCCGCCUCACCUUUCUGUUGAAGAUCUUGAGGACGUCGAGCAGCCACUCAAUCGCCUCCCCACUCACACGAGACAGCGAGUCCCUGCUGCCGCCCAGCUGCCCGAUGGUGAUGGUUUUGGUCUCACUCUCAUGCAUCGACCCUUCCAGCUCCGCACGCAGGACUUCAGAGGCGUUGGUCAGCUGACUGGCAGGGACGAUCACCUCUCUCUGACCCUCCUUGGCCUCGUAGCGCACAUGCACAAAGUAAUCCUCUCCCGAGACAGCCAUCUUCGCUCCGUAUCAUGUGAGCGGUCACAAGCACGUCAUCUCACAGAUCUCAGAAGCCUUCCUUGGGAACGAGGCCGUUGG